UGCUCCUGUCCAGGUCCAGUCACAACUCACAGCUCGUACGCACGCACGGCUUGGCUCGGUUUAUAUAUAUCAACUGCGCGAUGCGCGUGCGUUGGCGGAAUUUUAGUUCGUUGCCCGGUCCUUCGUGAUGACGCUGACGAGACAAGAAGCGGAGGAGAGCAAGGAGAUGGACAGCCUGCGGGUGCACGCCGACGCGCUGCUCUCGCUGUCGGGCAGCGCCAAGCCAUCUACGACUUCGCCGGCUGCGAGCAGGAGGGCGAUGGCGGCCGAGGGCGUGUUCGAGUGCAAGACGUGCAGCAAGCGGUUCACAUCGUUCCAGGCGCUCGGCGGGCACCGCACCAGCCACACGCGGCUGCAGGCGCGGAUGCUCGGCGACCCGGCCGGCGCCGCGGCCGAGAGGGACAGGGCGCGGGUGCACGAGUGCGCCGUCUGCGGGCUCGAGUUCUCCAUGGGCCAGGCGCUUGGAGGCCACAUGCGACGGCACAGGAGCGAGGCGCCGCCAGACGCGGCCGACGGAGCCGCGCAGCCGGACCAGGCCAUGCCGGACCUCAACUUCCCGCCGUUGGAGGAUGACGGCGGCAGCGAUGGCCAAGGUCAAGAACAAUCGGCUGAUAACAGCUCGGAGCCUCGGCUGCUCAACCUGCUUGUGUAGCGUGUGUACAUAUACGUGGUGAUUCGGCGUUGUUCAUGCAUGGUGACUAAAUUUUUUGAACCUGAACAUGACAUGCAUGUAAUUCUUCGUUAACUGUAGGUCCAUAGAUUCUGUUCCUGGAUUCAGUUGGUUUUCCCUUUGUAAAGCUAUUGGUCGAUUGCAAUUUAUUUGUUCUUUCUUUUGGAUUGCAGUCAGUUUUUACAACAAUCAGAAUCUGAUAUGUAAUCCGUAUCAAUGGAAAAGUUACUGCCUUCUGUUUUGUGUUCCA